AUGGGCGGUGGACAAACGCAACGACCGCCAAUGGGAAAUGUGAUGGCGGGAGGAGGAGCGGUGAAUUACCCGCCGCCGAUCGCCAACAACCUUGCCAACAAUCUUGCCAACAAUCUUGCGAACAAUUUUACAGCUCCGCAGUUCAACAUGGCCAUGAUGCAACAGCCUCCACCCUCCACAUUCCUUCAAACUCGUCCACCGACCAUCCAACAAAUGCCAAUGCAACAAAUGCAAAAUUUGAUGCCAUCAAUGCAACAAAUGCCACAAAUGCCACAAAUGCAACAAAUGCAACAAAUGCCCCCAACAAGCCGCAUUCCACCAAUGCAAUCAAUGCAAACGAUUCAAACAACUGUCUCCAUGGCUCCACCCAUUCGAAGUCUUCUAUCCACAAACAUUUCAGCGCCUCCGCAAAACUUUCAACAGACAAGACCUCUUUUCAACCCGGCCACAAAACCACCGCCAACAACAAGCGUUACACCGGCUCCAAUUCGACAAACAGCAGAAAAACACGAUACUGAACCCGAGGAUCCGUUUGCGAAUAGUGAAUACGCUGUGUACGAAACGCCAUCGGAUGGUUCAGAUGAGGAGAAACCCAGGAAAAGCGGAGACUCGAGGAAAAGGAGAAGAUCUCGAUCUCGUGAUCGCGAUAGAAGAGAUCGAAAGCACAGAAGAAGGAGAAGCCGCACUCGUUCUCCAACUCGAACCUCAUCGAGUACUGGGAAAGUUUACAUCAAUCCGGCGAUCAACAAAAUGGGACUCACCACAUCUGUGUCAGCUUUACUCGAACAAUCGAAUCAACAAGAAGAACGACUUCGAAAAUUGACUGAGGAGUUGAACACGGCUAACACAAGGCUUCGGGGAAUGGAAGCUGAACUUGGAAAUGUUCAUGACGAGAAGAUGAAGUUGAAAAACGAUUUGAAUAAAGCUUCACAGCUAGCCACUCGGAAAACGACUGAAGUCGAGAAUAUUAGAAAGGCAGAAGCUGGAACAAAAUCACAACUGGAUGCCCUACGAAAUAAAGUAACCGCAACGGAGCGAGAACGCGAAGCGGCAAAACAAAAAGCAAAGGAUUCCGAUGAGAAAGUCGAAGCUGCUCAAUCGGAAUUGGAGUUUUUGCGGGGUCGAAAUGAGAUUUUGCUCAAAAAGUGUGAGGAGUUGAUCGACAAGAAUCGGGGAAUAAUCGAAGAGAAAGAUGAGGCGCUGAGGAAAAUGGAGAGCAUUAAACGAGAAGCCGAGAUCAACGAGCACGAGUUGAGAUUGAGUCGGGAGCAGCUCAAACGCUACGAAAGCGAUGUCCAAUCGUCGCGGAGUCGGGAAAUUCUUUGGAGGAGAGAUCGCGAAGAAAUGGAGAAGAAACUAGCGGCAAAGGAACGAUUAAUGGUAAAUGAACGCGCUCGACUAGAGAAAGAGUUGAAACGCGAAAAGGAGACACGACUACGAUUGGAGAAAGUGAUCAAAGAGAAGCACCCAGAAGCUGAUGCGAUCACAGGAAUUGAGCUUCUCAAUCGAACGCUGAACUCAGUGAAAGAGGAAUUUGACGAGCAAAUGCGAGCCCUUCAUCAAGCAGUUACCCCAUUGCAGGAGUCAUUACAGAAACAAGUCAUCAUUCGACACAGCGAGCGCCGAGCCUUUUCCGAGCCGCCCGUU